AUGACUAUAACCCAUCAUUCCCCCGAGGAUCUGGGCCCCAUCCACCCUCCUCGAGUCCGGAACUUGAGUACGCGACCCUCAAACGCCCAGACCGUCAAGAUCAAGGUGAAAGAUCCGCUGGACCACGAAGCCCCGGCAAUUCUUCACCUACCUCCCGACUUUGAUCCCCAUCGCGCCAACGGCGCUGCCGUGGUGUUGAUCAGCGGUGCGGGUGGAGGUGUCAGCGGUCCGUCAGGAAUCUACCCUUCCCUCGCCGAGAAAUUCUCCCUCCUCCUCUCCAUCCCCUGCAUCCGUCUCGACUACCGCGAACCAGCCCACUCCGACUUCUGCUCAGCCGACGUCCUCGCCUCCUUCACCUAUCUCUCCAAACACUGCUCAUCCACCAAAUUCGUCCUCGUAGGCUGGUCCUUUGGCGGCAGUCCAUGCUUCACGGUCGCCGCGCGUGAUCCGGAGCGGGUCCGGGGGAUCGCGACCGUGGCGUCUCAGACGGCGGGGACGUCGGGGGUGCGGAAACUGAGUCCGCGUCCGCUGCUGUUGCUGCAUGGCACCGGUGACACGGUGCUGGCGCCGACGUGGGAUGAUCACGGGUUGACUAAGAAUGCGCCAAAGGCGGAGAAGUUGAUUUUCGACUUUGCGGCAAGUUGUCUAGGGUUCGGGGAUUUGUUGACAGGGAAGAUGGAAGAAAAGGCGGGAAGGGAUCUGGCCGGCAGCAAGGAGGAGAGGUUCAAAGAGAUGCAGGCUGGUCAUGACCUGGAAGGCGGGGAAAGAAUCUGA